AUGCACGACUGUCCAUCCACCAUCUUAGGAAUCGCUCAUAGUCGCAAGCGCAUACACUCGGCCCAUCUUCCUUCCUCCCGCGUUCUCCCUCUCCAGCACAAUAAAGAUGAGCCCAGCAGUUACACCUGCACCACGUGCAAGCAGCCCUUCACCAGUGCCUGGUUCCUGCUCCAGCACGCCCAGAACACCCAUGGCUUCCGCAUCUAUCUGGAGAGCGAGCCAGGCAGCCCCCUCACCCCCCGCGUGGCGACAGCUCCUGGGAUGGGUGGCGACUGUGUCUCCUCCCAGCCUCCCCUCCAUGCUGUCCACUUAGCUGAUGGUAGUCCUUACAGCCUCCUGCGGAUGCCGGGCUCUGGGUCUGGCCGGGACUCAGCAUCCACACCUCGUGAGGGUCGCUACCCCCGUACCCCACCACUGUUCAGCCCGCCACCUCGCCACCACCUCAGUCCUGAUGACCUGGCCCUGGCAACCCACCAUCCCAGCGCCUUUGACAGGGUGAUGAGACUCAACUCAGUGCCAUUAGAGCCCCCUCCCAGCAUGGACUUCUCAAGACGUCUGCGCGAGCUGGCUGGGAAUGCCACUGGGGCCUCCCCACCCCUCUCCCCUAACAGGCCCAACGCUAUGCAACGGCUGCUGCAGCCAUUCCAGCCAGGUUCAAAGCCUCCGUUUUCAGCGACACCUCCCCUUUCCACCUCUCAGUCACCUUCUGGCUCACGUUCCACCCCGAAUGCUGUAUCCAAUGCAGUGCAGCCGGGCACACCUCUCAAGGCAAAGUCUUGCGAGUUUUGUGGGAAGACCUUCAAGUUCCAGAGCAACCUAAUUGUUCACCGGCGUAGCCACACAGGGGAAAAGCCAUUCAAGUGUCACCUCUGUAACCAUGCUUGCACCCAGGCCAGCAAACUGAAACGACACAUGAAGACACACUGUCAGAGCAAGUCGUCUGUGCUUAGUGCCAAGUCAGAUGAUGGCCUCUCGGCGGCCAGCUCUCCUGAACCUGGUACCAGUGAGCUGAUGGGCAGUGCCACGGAUGCUCUCAAGUCAGUGGUGGCCAAGUUCAAGAGUGAGAACAAUGGUCUGAUGCCUGAAAAUGGAGAAGAGGAGGAGGAGGAGGAAGAGGAGGAGGAGGAAGAGGAGGAAGAGGAGGAGGAGGAAGAGGAAGAAGAAGAAGAGGAGGAAGAGGAAAUUGAAAGUAAGCCUGGAGUGGAAGAAGAGGAGGGAAAGAAUGACUAUCGUUUCAGCCUGCGGCUAGAAGGGGCCCGCCACCACCAGAACAGUGAGGCCCUGCAUCCACGCCGCCGGAGCUCGUCCCGUGAGCCUGGUGAUGAGGAUUCAGCCAUGGAGUCAGACCGGGCAGAUGAUGGAACCACCACUACCAUCAAUGGCCUGGGACCUCUAUCCAAUGACAGCUUGUCCCGGAAGCUACUGGGUGGAAGGGUCAGCCCUGGCUCCCUCAGUCCCCUGUCCAAGCGCAUUAAGGUGGAGAAGGACCUUGACCCCCCCACUCCCACCAUCCCUAACACAGAGAAUGUCUACUCCCAGUGGCUAGCUGGCUAUGCUGCCUCACGACAACUCAAGGACCCCUUCAUUAACUUCACAGGUGGGGACUCCAGACAAUCGCCCUUCGCCUCCUCAUCUGAGCACUCGUCAGAGAACGGCAGCCUGCGCUUCUCCACUCCACCUGGCGAGCUAGAUGGGGAGCGGGCCCCUUCGGGACGCAGCGGCACCGGCAGCGGGGCCAGCACGCCCCAUGGUGGGAGCGGGAACGGCAGGCCGAGCUCCAAGGACGGCCGCCGCAGUGACACUUGUGAAUAUUGUGGCAAGGUGUUCAAGAACUGCAGCAACUUGACAGUGCACCGACGCAGUCACACUGGAGAGCGGCCCUACAAGUGUGAGCUGUGCAGCUAUGCGUGCGCCCAGAGCUCAAAGCUCACCCGCCACAUGAAGACCCAUGGACAGAUGGGCAAGGACGUGUACAAAUGUGAAAUCUGCCACAUGCCUUUCAGUGUAUACAGCACUCUGGAGAAACACAUGAAGAAGUGGCACAAUGACCGCCCUCUGGCUAAUGAUAUUAAGACUGAGUAGGCAAAGAGCAGCAUGCUGGCAGCUCUCUCUCUCAGCUCCUCUGGCUAAAAAGCGACCCUGGCUAACUAGCCGAUAAGUGAGGGGAAAGGACAACAGGGUUAGACACCAGUACACAGUACAGCCCUAUUAUAAUCCUCGACUGGAAAGAGCUGAAUGCAUGAUCCAUCAUUGGGGCAAUACUAUUGCAUCAAACGCAAAACUUUUUGAGCCUUUCUAUUGUGCAAUAAUUUACACGUUUUGUAUUUUUUUGUAACUGGACAGCAUGCUCGGUGUGUUUUGGCUACUUAGAGAGAAGAUUGUCCUCGGCUGGUGGGUUUGGUUGUACAUGUGUUGCUGUUGAUACUUUUGAUUUCUUCAACAUAAAAAAAAAACAUUAGUUAUGAGAACCCAUGCUGCACACAGUACAUACUGUUUUACAUAUCAUGUACAGUUUUGUGUUCGAACAUAGUGGACAGUGUCAUAUUAUCAAAACAUCAAGACAAGCAGGGUCACACUUAAAGCGGAUCUUUGUGAAAGACUUUCCAUGCAAGAUUGAGAUAAGAUAUAUAUAUAUUAAAAAUUGGGCUGCCUAUGAAAUGCUAGGCACUAGCGCCAUUAAAUAUUUCUUUUACAAACAGCAAUGAAAUUAACAAUAUGGUGUGAAAUGACAACAAUGAGUGCCUUGGAUAUUUUACCCGCAUUAGUUAAUCCUCCUUUUUGCUAUAAGCUCGGAGUUUCAGCUAUCGAAGAUUACAGGACAUUUUUGUGCACAUAUGGAAUAAGCAGGUACUUGCAUCAAGCACCUGUACGACCCUGUCGUUUUGUGACUUAGCAGAGCAUAAGGAACCGGCUGAAACAAAAAACGAAAAGAAAAAAAAAAGAUGUGUAUCUCUGGUAAAUCAUUUAUCUGCCUGACUCAUGUAUAUUGUUAUUCUCCAGAUUAUGAUUCUGUUUACUGGCAUGUUACAUGCUAAAAAGGAGUAGGAGUUUGGUGUGUAGAGUUUUGGUUUAGGUGUCUUUAUUUUCUGGUACAUGUGUACCAUACUGAGAGGGAGUCGUUUUUCCAACGUAAAGCUCUUAAUUUUCCAGAGUGUUUUUCUUUUCUUUUAAAAAAUUAAAAGUUUGCAGUUUUCUUUGUGAGUAGCACAGAAUUAUUUUUCCUUCUGUCAGCCAGGCAGGCAGUGUAGCUAGCAGCCACUUGAAGACCACAGAGUGGGUUUUAGUUGCUCU